AAAGAAAGAGAAUGGAAGAAAUAGGUUUGUGUGUGUAUGUGUGUGAGAGAGAGGCAGGCACACUCAGUUCUGAUAACAGCAACAGUAGGAGGAGGAUGAGCCCAAGCUCCGCCCCCUUUGCGUCUCGCAGCUAUAAAUAGGAGCUGGUGUUUUUUGCUCUUCUCACUUGUCUUGAAGGAUGAGGUCCCUGAAACACCUCAAACAUCACACCAGGAGUAAUGUGGAAGAGCAGGAAGUUCCUCUGGUUCGCUGCUAUUCUAAAGUGAUGGAGCAUGCCGUGGACGUCGGCACUCAGACUGAACCGGUGGUGGUCCUGUCCCUGGCCCAGGCUGCUGUGCUUGGACUCAUAUCACAGAACGAAAUCUUCGGAGCGACAAUUGCCCCAAACGGUUUCUACAUGGGAGAGGGACGUGAAGGCCCCGCUCCUCCUGCAGAGUCCAUGGAGUAUGAAUAUGCAGAUCAGCUAAUUGGAGCUAAUGGAGACUAUCUAUCUGAGCCUCACGGGGAGAACAGGAGGCCAGAGAAGAUCUACGGGGCAGAACGCAGGCGUCCAGGACCCCGUGGGAGGACCAAGAGGCCCUUGAGUGAAGGAACACCAGAGGAAUCCACGGAGAGGUCUCCGGACACACCGAAUCAGGUGAAAGGAGAGAGGCCUGACUUCUUCAACCCAUGUUAUCUCUCGAAUCCCCAGCAACCUGACAAUGAGCCAGAAGUGUUGGACCUAGCACCUCGGAGAGUGCCAAUGAAAGAAGAGCAGUGUAACAAAGGCUACCCUGAGCCCUCAAGGGAACCAGCCAUCCAGCAGGUUGACUCUGACACUCAGACACAAGCCCACCAAAGCCCUGUGGGCCGUGGAAAAGUGUUGGUGGAGUCCUCUGAGGGAGGACGGGGAAAGGAGGAGGCACAAGAAGAGGAGGAGGAAGUGGAGGAGAGCGCACUGAACCUGAAAACAACAGAGGAGGAUGUGAGCCCAGCAAUAAGGCGCUAUUAUGAAUCCAGUGUUACCGCAUAUGAGGCUGCUGAGAUGGGCCUUCCAGGAGACUAUGAGGAGGGCAGCCAGACCAUGAUGUGGACGGAGGGUGAGAACUCCUUGGGUAGACGGAUGCAGAUUGACCGGCUAGAUAUUAACGUGCAAAUUGACGAAUCCUACUGUGUGGAUGUGGGAGAAGGCCUGAAACGCUGGAAGUGUCGCAUGUGCGAGAAAUCCUACACUUCGAAGUACAACUUGGUUACGCACAUCCUUGGUCACAAUGGCAUCAAACCACAUGAGUGUCUGCAUUGUGGAAAGCUCUUCAAGCAGCCCAGCCAUCUUCAGACGCAUCUGCUAACGCACCAGGGGACGCGGCCACACAAGUGCACAGUCUGCAAGAAAGCCUUUACCCAGACUAGUCACCUUAAACGGCACAUGUUGCAGCAUAGCGACGUCAAGCCUUACAGCUGCCGCUUCUGCGGUCGAGGAUUUGCCUACCCUAGUGAGCUACGUACUCAUGAGACCAAGCACGAGAGCGGCCACUGUCAUGUUUGCACGCAGUGCGGCAUGGAGUUCCCCACUCACGCCCACCUCAAGCGGCACCAGGUCAGCCACCAGGGCCCGACAACCUUUCAGUGCACUGAAUGUCAUAAAUCCUUCGCCUACCGUAGCCAGCUCCAGAACCAUCUGAUGAAGCACCAGAACGUGCGGCCCUAUGUCUGCUCCGAGUGCGGCAUGGAGUUCGUGCAGAUCCACCACCUGAAGCAGCACAUGCUUACACACAAGGUACUGACACAGCAGGCCAUCGAACACAAGGGUAUGAAGGAAUACAAAUGCGAUGUGUGUUCUCGCGAGUUCACGCUCUCUGCCAACCUGAAGCGACAUAUGCUGAUUCACACUAGUGUGCGCCCUUUCCAGUGCCACGUCUGCUUCAAGACCUUUGUUCAGAAGCAGACGCUUAAAACACACAUGAUUGUCCACUUGCCUGUGAAACCUUUUAAGUGCAAGGUGUGCGGGAAGUCCUUCAACAGAAUGUACAACCUGCUGGGUCACAUGCACCUUCAUGCCGGUAGCAAACCCUUCAAGUGUCCUUACUGCACCAGCAAGUUCAAUUUGAAGGGCAACUUGAGUCGACACAUGAAGGUAAAACAUGGAAUCCUGGACACCUCAACUGAAGGACAAGAUGUCCUGCCUGAUGCGGAGGGUCAGGAAGAAUACGAGGAAGAGAGCUUUGAUUACAGUGAGAGGGAGAAUCUAGCCAGCAACAACGCACAAGAUUUGGCGAAACUCGCCAAAAUGAGCUACUACAACUACUCUAAGGUUUCUGCUCGCUACAACACCACUUAAAAAGCCACUAAAAUGUGGUUUAAGGGGGAAAAAAGACUUUAAUGGUCAUUUCUGUAGUACUCUUGACUCAGACAUGAGCCACUGAGGAAAUAGCCAUCAUGAAGUGGAUGUGCACUGGAAGCCAUUUUGGCUCUGUGAAACAAAAGUGAUAGCAGACUGAAGUUUCAUUUUAACAUGUCAUUUCACAUUAGGGACCAUCCUGAAGAAUAAAGGACUGUGUG